GAGAAAAGAGAUUCAUCAUCCCCCACGAGCUUAGACCCCGUGAGGGGUAUGCGUCCCACCGUCCCCAGUCGAGGCCGUUAAAAGAGUAUGACGUCUGUGACGGCAGGGUCGACCCCAACCGACUCGAUGGAUUCAGGCUCGUCGAAUAUGCAGAACCCCGCCAAGAUGCCGCCCCAAGCGGAGUCCGACCCGGACGCCAAGUCGAGAUCUCAGCCUGCUCAAGUCCGCUUCUCCUCUGUCAACCAGGAGAUUGAGCCCUCCUCAAUGCUAUCCCCGGUUUCUGAGAAUUCCGUGUCGGGCUCUCACCACCAGGAUACCAACGAAGAGGACUUGCGCUCCUUGGCUAUGAGCUUGCAGAGCACCCAGCUCCAGGAAUCCCGACUGCGCAAUUACUCCUUUGAACCAAUGUCGCUUCCUUCCUCUAGGGUCGCAUCCCGAGACUCGAGUGAUCGAAGUGCCCGUGAUGGCAAUGGCUCUUAUAUAGCUUCCCCUCACAUUUCUCCCCCCGUCUCCGCUGUACAGUCACCUCCUCUUACCCCCGCCGUCACCCAAUCCCGUGAUGGCAGGGCCACUGAUACUACAACCGCUCUGGGAUCACUUGGCCGGGGCCAUGUGCAGUCCAUUACUCCCGAAACAUCCCCCCCGGUUACAUCCGGAGACCAAAACGCCCAAAAUGCGAUUACGUCUCAACCCUCCACCGAUCGUAAUUCUACCAGGCAAAGCGGCAGGCCGGAGCCUGCCCCCCAAAUCACCGUGCCGAAACAUCGUGCUCAGUUCUUUAUCGGCACGGAUGCAAGCUCACAGGAAGAGAGCCCACCUGCUACUCCCCGAGAAUCUCAUACCCCGCCGGGCACAAUCACCCCGGUUGGCGAGCCAAAUGACCCUUACGCCCGCAGCAAGCGCCCACCGCCAACGAAGAAUCUGGGACAGUUGGAUGCGCGGUUCAUUUUUGGUAGCCGAGACUCCAAGCGAUCGUUCCGCCCAGGCACCCCUCGAUCGGCCAGUGCCAGUGAUGUCACCAAGGCCGGCUCUGAGAAACGGGGUGUUUUCCACAAGGAUAAGAACGAAUCCAAGCACGGCUUUGGCCAUGGCCACCAUGGUUCUAUGUCUGAGUUGAAGCGAUUUUUCAAGAUGGGCCACCGCAAUAAGCGCCCAGACUCUCCCACAUCGGCCGCGAAACGAUCAAGCCGAGGUUCUGGAAAGAACACUCCUUACCAGAUGGCUCCCGACAAUGUUCCCUUUGCCGACGACCAUGGACUGAAUUCCAAAUACGGCAAAAUGGGCAAAGUGCUUGGAUCUGGAGCAGGUGGCUCGGUUCGACUUUUGAAGCGCAAUAGCGACGGAGUCACCUUCGCCGUGAAGCAAUUCAGAGAGCGUCACAGCUGGGAAAGCUUGAAGGAGUAUUCAAAGAAGGUCACCGCAGAGUUCUGUAUUGGUUCGACCUUGCACCACGGAAACAUCAUUGAGACUCUUGAUAUUAUUCAGGAAGGCUCUCAUUGGUACGAGGUGAUGGAGUAUGCGCCGUUUGAUCUCUUUGCAAUUGUCAUGACCGGCAAGAUGACCAAGGAGGAGAUUGCUUGUUCAUUCAAGCAGAUCCUCAGCGGUGUUGCAUUUCUUCACGGAAUGGGUUUGGCUCAUCGGGAUUUGAAGUUGGAUAAUGUGGUGGUGAAUGACCGUGGCAUCAUGAAGCUGAUUGAUUUUGGGAGUGCGGUCGUCUUCCGCUACCCAUUCGAGAAUGAUAUCGUUCCAGCUUCAGGCAUCGUUGGCUCGGAUCCAUACCUGGCUCCUGAAGUAUAUGAUGAGAAGAAAUAUGACCCCCGCCCCACGGAUGUUUGGUCGCUGGCGAUCAUCUUCUGUUGUAUGACUUUGCGACGCUUCCCGUGGAAGCAACCGCGCACCACAGACAAUUCUUACCGCUUGUUCAUUUCUCCUCCGACACCUGGUACCCCAGUGCCCGACUCCGAUCCCCGGCGUGCCCCACGCCCCAAGUCGUCCCCUGAUCUUCCUUCUUCUGCCCAUGAACAGAAAAAACCCCCGACGUCUGCAGAUCAAUCGACACACUCUGAAUCUGCCAACAAAUCGAAUGUACCUCCUGUUCCUCAACAAAACGGAACCAAGCCCGAUUCCGACAAGGAAGGCGAUAAACAAGCCGAAAAUCCACCUCAAAAGCAGACCAGCCAGACCAGCACGAGUACAGAAAAGACCCAGACGACCAGCAAAGAGGCACCACCUCUUCCAGGCGGUGCCCAACCCGCUCGCCAAGAAGUGAUCAAAGGCCCGUGGCGCCUUCUCCGUAUCCUACCCCGGGAAAGUCGUUUCAUCAUUAGCCGCAUGUUGAAGGUUAAUCCGACGGAGCGAGCGACCCUUGAUGAGGUUCUUGCUGAUGAAUGGGUUCGGGGCAUCCUAGCAUGCGAGCAAGACGGGACAGGUGAGGUCCACAACGUCUCUAACCACACUCACGUCCUCGAGCCUCCGUCGCAAAGUCCUGCCGUGGCCAGCAAAGGUGCUAAGGCCAAAUGA